CCUAGGGGUUAGGGGCACUAUAGCGUGCGAUACUAGUUUUUCCUAUGACCCUAUGAUGGUUUGUGGCUGGCUGCAUGUGUCUUGCUAUCAUUCUGUUAGUCAGUGUCCUGGUCUCUACUUGUCUUGUUAUCCCCAGAACCAUGGAGACGAUCCCGCACCACCCGCUCAUCCAGGUCACGCAGGAGGACCUGGCGAGGGCUCGUGAGUUCUACGGCAUCAGCGACGUGAGGAGGAUCAGGGAGAGCCUGGACUCUAUCGACGACUGGUGCCAAAAGCAGAGCCAUCUGGUGCAGAAGAACUUGAACAGAAAUAUUCUGGAGCGUCUGUUCCUCAUGUCCAGGGGUUCAGUUGAAGGUACGAAGAAGCGGAUCGACGGACUGUUCACGGCGCGAGGGAUGAUGCCGGAGCUCUCGCUGAAUAGAACUGUGGAGGAGUUUGAUAGGUUCUGGGAUGGCAUAAACUACGUGCCUCUGCCGAAGCUCUGCCAGUCGGACUCGUCCCGCGUGAUGGUGACGCAGCUGCUCACCGACAACAUCGACGACUUCAACCUGCUCACCUACUUCAGAUACUGCUUCUUGGUGGGUGAAUACAGGCUGCACUUCGACUACAGCCUGUCGGAGCGGUACAUCAUCGACCUGAAGAACUUCAGCCUGUCACACCUCAGCAAAGUGAGCCCCAUGACCGUGAAGAAGUCGGAAGUGUUGGCUACAGAAGGGUUCGGAACAAAAAUCAAAGGCAUCCACAUACUGAACGCGCCACCCUUCGUCGACAAAGUUGUGUUCCUACUGAAAUCGGCGCUGAAGGAGAAGGUGGCAAGUCGCCUGCACGUGCACAGUACCUACGCCGACCUGCACAAACACAUCCCUAAGGAGAUCCUGCCGAGGGACUAUGAUGGGGACGAGCAGUCUGUCAGCAAAUUAGCAGCACAAUGGAAAGACGAGCUACGAACAGAUGCAGCAAGAAAACUAAUUAAAGAAUUAGAUUAUUUGAGGACGGACGAAACGAAACGACAGACAGGAAAAUUCAAUGAGGAGUACUUGGGAAUGCCAGGAUCUUUUAGAACUCUAAGCGUCGACUGAAAGUUACAGCACAGAUUACUAAUUAGCUGAGGCUGUUAAAUACGUAAUAGGGUGUUAAAGUGAUGCUCACGAUAAAUUUAACAACAUAAUUUACUGGUAAAAGCCAACAAUAUUACCCAAGAAACAUACCCCAGCAAAUGUAAGUGUGAAAAGAUUGUCGAAUUUUGUAUCAAAAUAAAUAAGCCGUUGAAAUAAAAAUAAGUUUUUUUCAUAACUUUCUGAUCCAAAUUAAUUUAUUAUGUUAUUUUGUGCUUCUACUAUGUGUAUCACUAGUAUCUACCGUCAAUUCAGUUAUGCAUAAGUAAUACAAGCGAUUUAAUUUUGAAUUACUAAGUAAGUAAUAUCCUGUUAAUAUACCUAGUAAACAUGUCAAUUAUUUAAUGUUAAAUACAUAAUCACAAUGAUGCCAUUAAGCAUUGUAAAAAAGUUUUUUUUUGUAGAUUGGGGCUCAUGUUUUGUAAAUUGGUUAUGUAAGUAAGUACUUAAAUAAUUAAGAUUUAUUAUUACUAUAGUUACAUAAGUAUGUGUUUUAGAAUUAUGGGUUGAAAUAAGACUUUUAAUUAAAUUAUAUUACAUCUGGUAAGUAA